AUGGAGAUCGAGGAAAUAGGCAGCCAGGAAGCACUUCCCCUGCUCUCGCUGAAUCAUGUGUCCCUGUUAUGCAGAUCCGUGUGGGACUCUGUGAGGUUCUAUGAAGACGUUUUGGGCUUCGUUCUCAUCAAGCGUCCCUCUUCUUUCAAGUUCAACGGCGCCUGGUUGUACAAUUACGGUAUUGGGAUUCACCUGAUCGAGAAUCCAGACAGUGAGGAUGUGUUUGAUGCGUGCAUGAAUGAAGUGCGGCCCAUCAACCCAAGGGAUAACCACAUCUCCUUCCAGUGCACGGACGUGGAGCUGGUGAAGAGGAGGCUCGAGGAGCUGGGGAUGAGGUACGUGACGGCGGUGGUGGAGGGGGAUGAAGAAGACAGCAAGGUGGAUCAGGUGUUCUUCCACGACCCAGAUGGCUACAUGAUUGAGCUCUGCAACUGCGAGAACAUCCCAAUCCUCCCCAUCUCGUCCUGCUCCUUCAAGCCUCGUGGCCAGAGCUUCAGCUUCAAGAAGCCUCCAGCCAAAUGCGGAUUGUUCAUGGAGAACGUGAUGAUGGAGAGCUUGAGCAUGGAGUUGUUGAACUUCUCCUUCUAAUUCCAUUUCCUUUUGUCAGCCCGUCCUUCUUCAUUUACACACCAUUUCAGAACACACAAAACAUUAUAAGUUGUUUGUUGAUUCCAACCAUGUCCCAGAGGGCAUUCGUACGUGCUUGUGCAUAUGGUUUGUAAGUAAAAGGCAGACCAAAAAAAAAUAAAAUGUAUUGUCUUUGCUCAGGUUGCAAGAAAUUGUGAUAUAUAUAUAUAUAUAUAUAUAUAUAUGCUUGGUGUUCUUGUGCUGUAAUAUUUACCCUGUACUUUCAACACAGUUGAUUUGCUUCUAUUA